CGCCGCUGUUGCCGAGCAGACGGGACUGGGGAGUGACGGGGCGCCGAGGACACUUAGACGAGAAAACUCGUAGCGCAAAGAUGCCGACCACACGUAGCAGUGGUGGCAGGCGGAAGGAGCCUGCUGCGAGGAGCGAACUACCCGCCAAGCGAGCAAGGAGGGGACCUGCGAAGGCCAAGAAGCCAGAGCCGGUCAAGGAGCCCGAAGUGGAGGAGGAUGUGGCGGAGGAAACCCCAGCAGCCGAGGUGGCGGAGGAGGUUGAGAACGGCCAGAGCAAUGGCGACGCCCACGAGGAGGUGAACGGGAAGGAGAAUGGAGUAGCUAUGGAGGAGGAGGAACCAGCCAAGGAGGAGGAACCAGCCAAGGAGGAGGAAGAGGAGGAAGGAGAGGCCAAGGAGGAGGAAGAGCCAGCUAAGGAGGAGGGAAAGAAGGAGGAGGAGGCCCCCAAGGAAGAGGAGGCAGAGGAAGCUCCCAAAGAGGAAGAAGCUGUGACUGAGGAAAAGGAAAAUGAGCCUGAAGCUGAGCCGGAGCCAGAGCCAGAACCAGCCCCCGCCCCUGCCCCCACCAAGGGCAGGCGAGGCCGCAAACCCAAGAAGGCUUCGGUGGAGCAUUGCAAAUCAUGAGGCGUGUUCAAGCGGAAUGCUAAUCGAGUAAUCGACAGCAUCCGUGGCGAGUUCCCCGAUAUUGAGGUGGAAGUCAAUUCUAAAAAACCACGCAGCAAGACCUUUGAGAUCACCAUAACUUUCGAGGAUGGGGAGUCUGUCUUGGUGUGGUCGGGGCUCAAGAAAGGCCCACCUCGCAGGCUGAAGUUCCCUGAGGAUGAGGUCGUCACUGCCAGCAUCAAGAAACUUUGUGACGAGGCCCCAGGGAGUAACUAGAAUGGGACUUGUCAAUACUCUGCUCCGGAACACCUCACUCAGGCUCAGUGUUCUUAUCUAUUUAAAGUUUUCCCAAGUGUAAUGGAUGUAACUACUCUGUGAGGGUAUAUUGGAGUGAGUUGUGAUGGUGGGCUUUGGGUCAUGGUAAACUUUGGUUGUUGGGAGCAUGAGGCUGCCAGGAUGGUUGGCAGUCUUGUGUGAGUGUCAGAUGAUGUGAUGUCUUUUGCCAUUCCUUUUGGUGACUUCUGCGGUCAUGAAGGAUGUGGCAGCUGGGUCAUGUUCUGUGUGUAAGGAGAACAAGAGUGUCAGGAUAGUUGACAGUCUUGAGAGGCUGAGAGAGUCUGGAGAUGGAGUUGUAAUCAUAUGCUUUUUUAUUAAGCCACAGAUAAUAAUUUGAAAAGUUAUUAGUUUUUUAGUUAAUUUUUUAUAUUUUCUAUGCUUGUUGAAGAUGAGGUUGUCAGAUUUAUUGUUAGCCUUGGUGUUGUGUUCCGAGCAAAGUGUUACACCAAGAGACAGUCACCCGGGGAGGCGAGGGACUGGCCUCUGCCGGGUGCUCCUGUUAUGAAGGUCGCGGGUCAAAGCAGAGCUCUGCAGCCUAAGACUGGAUGUCCUGGAGCGCCCGCUGGGGUGACCCAGAGCCUGAGUCUUCUGGGUGACUGUCAUCACAGUCACUCUUGUGAGUGUCUGAGUCCCUGGAAUCACUGUCACAUGUACAAAGUUUGCCGUGGAUUGGCUGUGGCCGGCUGGGAUGGCCUGGGGCGGCCCCGGCUGUGCCACAAGCCAGUGUCGGCAAGCACUUCAGACUCCCAACUGAUACUGACUUAGGCUAAGGAAUUUAAUUGGAUGUCUUUCAUCCUAUGUGUUUGCUUUGUGAUGUGUAGUUUUGUAGUGUCUAGUGAGUACACACACCACCCUGCCACGGUUUAGUUCUGUUCAUCACAAAUCAAGACCUUGCCUGGAAAUCAUUCUAGGGGGAUUAGUUUAGUGUAGCUUAGACAUUGUCAAGCAGUUAAGGGUCACCUACAAACACCGUAUGUCAAAAUCUGUUUGUAGACCAAGUACUGAAUAUGCUCAUGUAAGAAUGUUUUGAAACGAUGUUUUAAAGUCAAGUUUAGGAGCAAGUUGACUUUCACAUGGAUACUAUUUUUCUAGGGGGGUUGCUAUUACUACUGCUGCUACUACUAUUACUACUACUACUGCAAAUACUUUUCUUGAGGGUUAAUUUAUUCCUCACUCAGACAUAUCAUAGUCUUGUGGAUCCAAUUUUACAUGAGAAUAUCUGGUAAUGGUAAUACUUCAUGGAGGGUUCAGUACAAGCCUGCAUCACAUAGCACUUAUAAGCCACCAAGUGGUGCUAAGUUUAUAGAUGUAGACUUUGAUCUGACCAGAGAUCAAGAAAAUAAAUGUUUGAUCCCUUCAGAAUCAUAAGGCUGCAAGUGUCAAUCUUUAAAAAGAAAAAGUAUUGAAGUUUAGUUUAUGUCUACAUUGUUAUUGUCAGGCUGUGCAGUUUUGGACCUUGUUGGAUAACCACAAGUCUCUUCCACAAGGCAAAGGACACUUGGGAGAGCCUGUUUGUUGUCAGCACAUUGUUUAUUUUGGCCACAGUGGUGUUUGCAGCCUUCUGAUUCUAGGCGCAUCAGGUGUUUGCCAUAGGCCUAUGUAUUAUUUUUUUGAAGGAAAAUUGUAAGCUAGAAAUGAGUAUCAGAGUAUCCUCUGGUCUCAUCUGUGGGAAAGAUUCAAACCUCAAAGUUAUUUUUCCAAAAUUAAAGUAUUUGGAUGUGUCUUUCUCUUGGUUACCAAAGACUGAAUACCAUUUGAUGUAGCCUUAGUGAAUGUAAAACUCAAGGGAAGCAAGCAAAGCCACUUUUGGGAACAUUUUGUGAAUUCUUGAAUACUGAAAUUAAAGUGAAGUUGUACA